UUGAAACUCGCCGUCGUAACGUCGAUGGACGCAGGCCACUUCCGGCGUAGCCAUGGCGGCUAACGCGACCACUAACCCGUCGCAGCUGCUGCCUCUAGAGCUUGUGGACAAGUGUAUAGGAUCAAGAAUUCACAUUGUGAUGAAGAGUGAUAAGGAAAUUGUUGGCACGCUUCUAGGAUUUGAUGACUUUGUCAAUAUGGUACUGGAAGAUGUCACUGAGUUUGAAAUCACACCAGAAGGAAGAAGGAUUACUAAAUUAGAUCAGAUUUUGCUAAAUGGAAAUAAUAUAACAAUGCUGGUUCCUGGAGGAGAAGGCCCUGAAGUAUGAAUGGAUUUCCUUGACUUAUGCUGGAUUCUGUUUUGUCUUAUAAGGACAACAAAAUAGAAAAUUUUUUUUUAACCUUUUAAUGUUUGGAUUCUAUGAAGCUAAGUUUCCCGUUAAAGGGAAAUGCUUUGAAGAUGCAUUGUAAAUGCCCAUUUUUUAAGUUAAUCAUGAUUGUCUUGGAGAAAGAAGAACAGUUCGUUCUUUGAAGACUAAAAUAAAGGUGUUUUUGGUUAACUGUCAA